AUGGCCCCACCGAGAAAAGCGCCGAUCGGACGGCCCGUCUACAAGCCGACGACGACGAAGGAUCGCUUUGUGAGGGAGAAUUUCGUGGUCGGGAAACUUCUCGGAAAAGGCGCUUUCGGAUUGGUGCGACAAUGCCAGCUGAAAGCCACGAAAUCGGUGAUUGCGGUGAAGAAAAUCGCGCGGAAAACGAGGCUGAACGCGGUGAAAGCCGAAUUUCGAGCGCUGUCAAUGAUCGGUCAGAAGCCCUACAUCGUGCCCGUUUACGCGCUCAUUCGAAACGGUGAGACUUUCUUCAUCCUCAUGGAGUGCUUCAAUGUGUUGAAGAUCCGACGAGUACGCCAUUUGAUGACCGAACAAGAUAUGAUCAUCUACGCAUACAAUAUUAUAUCGGCUUUGAGCUUCGUUCACGAAUUGGGCAUCGUGCAUAAUGAUGUGAAACCAGCGAAUAUUGUAUAUGAUCCGAUUCGGCAUCGCUUUAUUUUGAUCGACUUUGGAUUGGCGAGCUUCGCAGAUCAAGAGCAACGAGUGCCACCGAUAAAACGAGAAGAGAUCGAAGUGAAUGAGUGGAUUUUGGGGAGAAAUGAGGCGAAACGAAUCGUCGAAUGCUACGGGGUCUAUGUUCCGGAUGAGAAAUUGGGGAAGUUCGUUGAGAAAGUUCUUUCAACGGCAUUGUCAGGUAAAAGCGACAAGUUUCGAGCCGGUUUCCUUACCCAUUUCAUUUGUUUCUUGCUGACCAGGAACUCAUCAACUGCGACAAUGUCAUUUAUCCGAGGUAUUCUCGAACGAUGUUGGCCAGGCACGACCAAGAAGUGUACGUGUCGAGGCUUACCGAAAAUGUGCGCAUAUUGCGAAAAGCUACCAGUGUAUUUCUGCAAUGCUUGGGGCACACGUGGGUAUCGAGCACCGGAAGUCGAAUUGAGAAUCCCGUGGCGAACGGGCGGAGUGGACAUUUGGGCGGUCGGACUCAUCCUCUUCUCGAUGAUCUACAGAAAAUCAUCAAUACUGAGGCCAAAAACGCAAUUUCGAAGUAUUCAACAAAUGUCCGUGCUACUCGGGAGUAAGCAAUUGUUAUGGUUGGCUACAACGAACGGUCGCCUCUUGCAGUUACCAUUCGAAUUCCCCGGAGUCGAUUACGUGAAGAUGAUCGUGCUGAACGAGUUCUUCAAAGAAAAGAAAGCCGUUGAAGAUUGGCCAUUCAAGGGUUGCUGUGUGCUGUGCUCGAAACUCGUUCACAAGAAUGUUUACGGACUUUGCAUUUGCAAGAAAACGAGUCAGCCAGCAUACAAUCGAAUAAAGGAGGGUUUAUUGAAAGAGGUGCUAAAAUUGAUGACAAUUUGUUUACACGUCGAUCCGCUGGAGAGAAAUCGAGCGGCGAUGAUCGCUGAGCAUUGCAAAAUCGUGUUGUUGCGGUAUUUCAAAGCGGAAAACUCGAUGUUGUAUGGUAAUGUGGUGAAAAUGGAGAAAGAAAAGGGUUUGGCCGAGUUGGACGACGAUGAUAAGCAACUGGAGGACGCUUUCUAUAUGGCGCAAGCUGUCGACGAACCAAUUGUGCUU